AUGGAUGACAUAUCCUCCAUGGCUACGGGUAGGUACCGAAGGUGGGCGGCGGCGAGCGGUGGCGCGGACUCGAGCGACCCCACGACGUGGUACGCGUGGGCGCACCGCGGGCACCGUCUCUGGGCAGCCAUGCCGGACGCCUUCUGGAUCUACAUGUACAAGGUCCACCGGUGCCCGCAGCUGAGCCGCCACGACUGGACGAGGUGCCCGUACGCGCACAACGGCGAGCGCGCCCGGCGCCGCAACCCGCGCCGCUUCCCCUACCUCGCCGUCACCUGCCCGGCGUUCCGCGAGUCGCAGCAGCAGCACCUGGCCCGGACGGGGGCCGCGGCGUCCUGCAUGCACGGGCUCCAGUGCCGCUACGCGCACGGCGUGUUCGAGCUGUGGCUGCACCCGGCGCGCUUCCGCACCACCAUGUGCCAGGGCGGCUUGGCGUGCCCGCGCCGGGUCUGCUUCUUCGCGCACUUCCCGGCGGAGCUCAGGGCCGAGAACGACCCCGUGCCGCUCGCCGGCCUCCCGCCGCUGCCGCCGCCCCGCGUCCCGCGUGCCGUGCUGGCCCCUGAUGAGCCCCUCUCGUUCCCGCGCCGGGUGGACCUCGCUAUGCAGGCCAUGCUGGGCAAGAUCCGCCUGUACGGCGGCAAUGACGCCUCUUCGUCAUCACCACGUGCUCCUGCUGUCGCCGUUGCCACGGCGACGUUGCCGCAGGACGGCCGCCGCAUCUCGGAGGACGGCUCCGUUUACGGCGACUACCCGCAUUUCGACCUCAUCAGAGACAUGGUUGAUGAUGAGCGAGAAAGCUAG